AGUAUCUUAAAAAUACAAACAUAUCAUAUUUUAUUAUGUCAAACAAGAACUUUGGAUUCCACACUGAAGCUGACGAAGUCGCUACUUACUUCGAAAACGAGAUCAAGGGAAAGACUGUCUUGAUCACUGGAUGUACAUGGGGUGGUCUUGGAGCUGAGGCCGCAAGAGUAGUAGCAAAACACCACGCUGGUUUGGUCAUCGUUGCUGGUAGAAAGCAAGAGGCUCUUGACGAUACCAUUCAGAAGAUCAAGGCUGAGACUCCAUCCGCUAACUUGCGACCUCUCAUCAUCGAUCUCGCCUCACUCGAGUCCGUCCGACACGCUGCUGCCGAAGUCAAUGCCUAUUCUGAACCUAUUGAUGUCUUGAUCAACAACGCUGCUAUCAUGGCAUCACCAUACCACACUACCAAGGAUGGAUUCGAAGCUCAAUUCGGUACCAACCAUAUCGGACCUUUCCUCUUCACCAACUUGAUCUUGCCCAAGGUUCUUGCUUCUAAGACCGGAGCUCCACGCAUUGUCAACGUUUCCAGCGUUGGUCAUAUUUUCUCUCCAAUCCGAUUCGAUGAUCCCUUCUUCGACAAUGGUAAAUCCUAUCAGAAGUGGACCUCUUAUGGUCAGUCCAAGACUGCCAAUAUGCUGUUUGCUCGUGAAUUGAGCAACCGCUACAAGAGCAAGGGACUUACCGCUUUCAGUCUUCAUCCUGGCGGUAUCAAUACUAACCUCGCUCGUGAUGUCAAACCCGAAGAGUUGAUGACACCAAUGAAGGAUUAUGACGGAGAAGCGGUUGAUUGGAGAAAUCUGGAAUUCAAGACCAUUCCUGAAGGCACUUCAACUCAUAUUGUUGCUGCUUUUGAUCCAAAGAUUGCUUCAGACUCCGGUGCAUACUUGGAUGACUGCCAAAUCGCCAUGGACCAUGCUAAGCCCUAUGCCAAAGACGAUACACAAGCCGAGAAGCUGUGGGCGUUGAGUGAGAAGAUUGUUGGACAAAAGUUUUAGAUAUAAUGAUGGGAGAAUUGAGCUAGAUAUUUAUACAGAUAACUUAAAUGUACUUUUACCACGGUUAUGUA